UCUUGCUAGAAAAAAAAUUGUUUGUAUGCUGGGGUGCUGGGCUAUAUUACCGGCAGUUACCUGCGCCAUGCCUGCGCUCUUUGUGAUGACGUGACAUAAUUCUCAUCGGCGGAAAAUGCCUACUAAGUUUUUCACGUUUUGUCACGUGAAAUGCGACUUUCGGCGGGCGAUCAAAAUUUCAUUUGUUUUCUGGGGAGUACACGUUGUGUAUUAGGUCUUGAAUCAGGUGUUUUUCAUCACCCAUCAGACUUCCUGUUCCGUCAAACUUCCUUCAUCCUCCUGUUCAUCCUUCCGUGGUUCAUCCUUGGGAUCUGAUGGAUUAAAUGGCCCUUUGUUGUGGUAAAGGUUCAUCCUCGGUCGUCAGCUCCAAGAAAAUGCCGAUCCAGAAGGUUCACGCCCGCAGUAUCUUCGACUCCCGUGGCAACCCCACGGUCGAGGUCGACCUGUUCACGGAGAAGGGCCUCUUCCGUGCCGCCGUACCCUCUGGCGCCAGUACCGGCGUGCACGAGGCUCUUGAGCUGCGCGAUGGCGACAAGUCAAAGUACAUGGGCAAGAGCGUCUUCAAGGCGGUCGAGAACAUCAACAAGAUCAUUGUACCCGAACUUCUGAAGAAGAACCUGGAGCCCACCCAGCAGAAGGAGAUAGACGAGUUCAUGAUCCAGCUAGACGGCACGCCCAACAAAUCCAAGCUGGGAGCCAACGCCAUCCUGGGCGUGUCGCUGGCUGUGUGCAAGGCCGGCGCCGCCGCCAAGGGCAUUCCUCUCUACAAGCACAUUGCCGACCUUGCCGGCAACAAGAACAUCGUGCUGCCGACGCCGGCCUUCAACGUCAUCAACGGCGGCUCGCACGCCGGCAACAAGCUGGCCAUGCAGGAGUUCAUGAUCCUGCCGACGGGCGCGGCCAACUUCACCGAGGCCAUGCGUAUGGGAUCGGAGGUCUACCACAACCUGAAGGCCGUCAUCAAGAAGAAGUUCGGCCUGGACGCCACUGCCGUCGGCGAUGAGGGCGGCUUCGCCCCCAACAUCCAGAACAACGAGGAGGCGCUCACCAUGCUGAUGGAAGCCAUCGAGAAGGCCGGCUACACGGGCAAGGUGGACAUCGGCAUGGACGUGGCCGCAUCAGAGUUCCACAAGGCCGACGGCCAGUACGACCUCGACUUCAAGACUGAGAACAACGACGGCAGCAAGGUGAUCAGCGGCGAGGCGCUGGCCGACAUGUACCGCGACUGGGCCAAGCGCUACCCGAUCGUCUCCGUCGAGGAUCCAUUCGACCAGGACGACUGGGACAGCUGGGUGAAGUACACGGCCAGCGUGGAGCACCAGGUGGUCGGCGACGACCUGACCGUCACCAACCCGCAGCGCAUCCAGAUGGGCAUCGACAAGAAGGCCUGCAACUGCCUCCUGCUCAAAGUCAACCAGAUCGGCAGCGUGACGGAGUCGAUCGCGGCGCACCAGCUGGCCAAGUCGGACGGCUGGGGCACCAUGGUGUCGCACAGGUCCGGUGAGACCGAGGACCCGUUCAUCGCUGACCUGGUGGUUGGACUCAGCACCGGACAGAUCAAGACGGGCGCUCCGUGCCGCUCCGAGCGUCUCUGCAAAUACAACCAGAUCCUCCGUAUUGAGGAGGAGCUGGGCGCCAACGCCAAGUACGCUGGCAAGAACUUCCGCCGCCCGCAGUAAGGCGCUUGGCGCCGGCGGCCGCCGCCUCCGAUCCCUCUCUCCUCCGUACACUCCGCUACUCCUGUCCUCUCUCUCUCUCUCUGUCUCUGUGUCUGUGUAUGGCACUGCCGAGCGAAUGAUGAGCUAGGCUAGUCGCCGACAUGCUGAAUGUGAUAGAAGAGUCAAGUCGCAAAAUCCCACAUAUGAUGGAGAACUGGGAUGUUAUCUGCCGAUUUAUGAAAUCUUGCUGUUGUGAGUUCGGACCCAAAUAAAUUAUUAUGUUGGA